CUUUUCAGCGACAAAAUGUCCCAAGGCGGUGGCGCUACUCCGGCGGGCGUGAAUCCCACGGCGCUCCAGGCAAGCGGAGGGGGCGUGGUCUUCAGCAAGGUCUUCAUCCAGCGGGAUUACAGCGAAGGAACCUCGGUGAAGUUCCACACGCGACUGCCCACCGAACUGGAGGGCAUGAUUGAACGUCACGUCUUUGAGGCCACCAUCAACAGGCUAAACGAAUUCUACGCGGAGGCGGAGGAGGGCUCCUGCGGCACCUACUGCGAGGGAUGCAUCGGCUGCAUCACCGCCUACUUGAUCUACAUGUGCUCCGAAACGCACUACGAAAAGACCCUUCGCAAGAUAUCCAAAUUUGUGGCUUCCCAAAACGAACGCAUUUACAACGCCAAGGGCCUGCAGCUGAUCGAUCCGACUUAUCGGGGACUCCGCGUCAUAGAGAUUACAAUAUUCGAUCGUCCGGGGCGGACGUGACUUCCGCUUUCCCAUUCGGCCAACGAGUUUUUCAUGUGAGAUCAGCCAGAAGGAGGAGAGUCCGUUUCAGCAAUUAUCAAGCAAAAGUCAGCGCCAUUGUGUGUGUUUCCAAAAAAUAUAUUAAAAUCAAUACAAAGCUGUGUGGGAUCAGCUAAAGCUUUAUAACCUAUAACCAUAUGUCUUGGCAGAGCAGCGACUUAGUCACGGGUGUGCUGGGAGACAGCCUCCGCUGCAGCCACAUACGACAUGCUAGAUUAGCCGUUAAUGAUUAGCCAAGGCAGUGUGCGGCCAGUUAGUUAGUAUUUAUGCAUUAGCAGGCAUAGCAAGUAAGUGAAAAGCUACCGAAACUGCAUUUUGAGCCGAAGCCAGCAUCAACAUAUACACACAUUCGCAUAUGUUACCAUUGUUCUACUUAUCAGACCGAAAGGCCAGCGAGAAUUGAUUGUUUUGUAAUCUAAAAAAAGGAAAAGAAAUAGAAAUUGUAUACAUAUUGUUUGUAGUGGUUACUAACGAUUCGAUUGUCUAGAGUUUUAGGUUUUAAUUAACAUACACAUAAACACAUAGUUCAAGCUUAAUCAGACAAAGCAUACGCAUAACGUUUUCUAUACAAAACUCUUACCGAUUUCAACCAGCGCCAAAUGAACUUACACAUAAACAAAGUGGAGAAUUGUUCGAUUUUUAAUAUAAAUCCGCAACAUUGAUUAACAUAGUUAUGUAUCUUAUAAGGAAAAAUAUAUAUUGCCGUCAUUUAAAAG